ACUUUCGCUUCUGUCAUUGCAUGACGUCUCUGACUGAAGUCAGACGCUGAGAGAAGCUGCGGCGUCUUCGAGAGGAGAAUAAAACACAACUCUGACCACCUGCAGGAGUUGAAAAGCAGUUGCUGGGUCAACGCUGCCCCUGCUCCAGACCCCUCCCUUCCACCGUUUGAUAUCAGGUACAUUUAUCAGGAAAUGGUUGAUGGCAAUACUUUCAUUUCUCUGUUACUACGUGGCAUCUCUGAGACACUGACAGAAGCUGCGGCUUCUUCGAGAGGAGAAUAAAACAGCACUCUGACCUCACCUGCAGCAGUUCAACAGGAAACCAGGAUGAAAAAACAUAAAGAAACUCUUUUGAACACUCUGGAAGACUUGACAAAUGAAGAGUACAUAAAGUUCAAGUGGUACCUGAAGGAGGGCGACUUCCACGAGGGUUUCCCAGGCAUCAGAGAGUCCCGGCUGGAGAAGGCGGAGAGGCACAAAGUGGUGGAUCUAAUGGAGCAAACAUAUUGCUGUAAAGCUCCAAGGAUAACCAUUGGGAUUUUAAAGGAUAUGAACAGAAACGAUCUGGCACAGAAAUUGCAAGAGGAAUUCAACCAGGAGACGGAGGAGGGACGGAUGAAGAACUUGGACAGGAAACCUUCAGUGGGGCUCGACACGACAUCUGCAGGCGGACUAUACUGGGAUAUGUUCUUAUUAGAAAGAUUCUGUGAUAGUUGCCUUGGGAGGAUUGUAGUGGAGCUUUUGUCUUUACGACCAAAGCUUAUUGAGUUCAUGAAAUCCGCUGCAGCUGAUUUUGCUGAAGAGAAUGUGGAUUCUCCCCCUUCUCCGUCCACAGUCAAACCUCGUGCAGUCCCACAGAUCAAUCCGAGCAACACACAGGAUAUGAGUCAAGAAGAGAGAGAGUGUUUAUAUUGUCACAAAAGAGGACAUAUCAUUAAAAACUGCUUACGUUUGAAAUGGAAAACGCAACGAAAAACCACGGCAAACACAUUCCAACCUAGAGGUAUUGGAUCAGAACAAUUUGCCACACGCACAGAUGAGUGUGAUGGGCCAAGUUCCGACCCGUGCUUCAAACAGUUCACUUUUGAGGGCCUGGUGUCAUUAACGGACGAGUGGGCUGAUCAGCAGCCAGUGCAGAUUUUACGUAACACUGCGGGUUACCAGUCACUCAUUUUGUUCAAUGCUCUACCAUUUUCCAAAAAUUCUGCAUGUGGUCACAGCUCUAAUCUUAGUGGUAUUGAGACGGGCCGUGUCCGACGGCCGCUGCACUUUGUGCAUAUUAAAUCUCGAUUGAUAAAUGGUCGUUUCCCAGUAGCUGUUUGUCCAACUUUGCCAGUUAGGGGGAUAACCAUGCUAAUGGGAAAUGAUAUUGCCGGGGGAAAGGUAACGCCUUCUUCAGACGUGUCAGAUGUGCCACCCUCACUCUCGGAUCAGAUGGACAAACAGAACCAGGAUAUUCCCUCCGCUCCAUCGGGUCCAGUGCCCGCUAGAGGAGCGCCGUUUGAGAGAGUCAUAGUAGGCUGUGUCGGUCCACUACCCAGGACCAAAACAGGUUUUCAGUACCUACUCACCAUCACGUGCACGUCCACUGGCUUUCCUGAAGUCGUUCCACUGCGUAAGAACACAGCUACUGCUGUUGUCAAGGCUCUGACUAAAGUCUUCUCUACCCUCGCUCUUCCAACAACCGUGCAGACGGAUCGGGGGACACAUUUUCAAUCCAAACUCUUCAAACAAGCCCUGAACUCAUUGGACAUUAAACAUGUGGUGUCCAGUGCGUAUCAUCCAAAGUCCCAGGGAACACUUGAGCAGUGGCACAAAACUUUGAAGUCUAUGCUACGCAAAUAUUGUGUGGAGACAUAAGUCUUGGGAUGAAGGAAUUCUGUUUGAACUUGUUGCAUUACGAGAAUCCUUUGGAUUCAGUCCAUCCCAGCUUGUUUUUGGACACACUCUGCACGACUAUGGGAGUAAGUUCCGCAAACAGUUACAUCGGGCCCGUUCUUUUGCAAAAGAACCCCUUGCUAGCUCCCAAAUCACAAUGAAAAAUAAGUUUGACCGCACUGCUACAGCUCGACAUUUUGAAGUCGGUGACAGAGUGUUUGCUCGGUUACCAAACCCCGGCUCUUCACUUCCUGUGCGCUUUUCCGGUCCUGACAGUAUUCUCCAAAAACAGGGAGAUACAUUGUAUAUGAUCAGUACCCCUGAUCGUAGGCGAAAAACCAGAGUGUGUCACAUCGACAUGUUGAAGUUGCACCUUUCCCGCGAUAACGAGACAAUUUCUCGAGAACAAAAUGAAUGUUCUGCAGUGAGAGAGAGUCCACGUGAUGGAGAUGGGUUACCUACAGGCCCCUCCCCCAAACAAAGUGGGCUUUUGCCAAAUCUAGCCAAGUGUGAAUUUGGGAAAGGCCCUGUCCCCCGUCCGGGAAGACGUGUAGGUCCGGGUCAGGUUGGUCCCAUUGAGGAAAUAGUUGCUGCCAUCACAGAUUUCCCCGUCCCUAACACCCGGCGUGCCCUCUGUUGUUUUCUCGGCAUGACAGGCAUUUACCGAAGCUUCUGUAAGAACUUCUCGUCAGUGGUUCCCCCACCGACUAAUAUUACUAGUCUUCCUAGUCCUAAAGUAGAAUAUAACUGGACCCCAGAAUGUCAAAAUGCUUUUGAUCAUUUGCAAGCUGCCCUGCGUCGUACACCUGUACUUGCUGCGCCUGAUUUCACCCGACCAGCGCUGUCGGGGCCGCUGCUGUAUUAACGCAGGAGGAUGCAGGGGAUGUAGAACAUCCUGGCAGUUAUUCCUCUAGAAAGGUUAAUCAACAUCAGCUUAACGACUCCACCGUCGCAAAGGAGACGUUAGCUUUGUUGUAGGCUCUGCAGCACUUUGGGGGGUGUGACAGGUUGGUCUUUCAGACACUCCUUUGUGUUGGCAGAUAUUGUUUGUGUGGGAGGGAGCCCGGCUCUCCCUUCAAGGCCUGUCAUCCCGGUGCAGGCCGCCACACGGCCACUGGGCCUCCUUGGUCUGCGACUCCGGACCUCCCCCAAAGAUUUGUUGCGCUUUCGUCACCCAGUAAAUGACCUGUCGGGUGCCGAUCACCAGCUCCACUGGCACGAGUUGCGCUAUUUAAACCAGCCGGUGAGGUUGACCAGUGGCGGCUGUGAUUUCACGGCAACUGUGCACCUCUGUGUCUCGUUUUGUAACAUAUUGUUUCAUUGUUACUCCAUAUACAGGAACUAUAAAGUCGUAUGAGACACUUGUUUAUUGGUUGUGGGCAUUAGGUUAGUUUUGAUUUUUUUCUUACACUUUUUCAUAGUACUUAAUGUACAGCAUAUUUCCCACAGUAGUUAUGGGUGACGGCCCCCUUGUGUUUUUGUUAUAUUAAGAUAGAUUAGGCCAGAUAGGCAGGUUUCGUUUUGUUUGUUUAAAUCAUAGAUCAGUGGUAGAUUGUGUCCGAAUAAGAUGUUUUUUGGUUUUGUUGGUUUUAUGAGUUGUCGUCACCCGCUGCCCUUUUCCAUUGAUUGAUUCUCUUCUAUUAAAAUUGUAUUCUUUUUCCACAA